AUGUGGGCCCAACUGCUGCUCUUGGCGCUGUUUGGCUGCAGCUAUUCCCGGCCAGCCUCUUUGGAUGUGCUGCUGGCGGAGCCUCUGCGCAGCAUACCGUUUCUGCACGUGCUGCUGCGUCAGGGAGAACAGCUGCAGGAGGAUGCCCGCAAUGGCAAUGUCAUGUGGUUCAUGCAGCUCACUGAUGUGCCGCACACCAUGCACAGUUACGAUGAGGUUCGGCCACUGGAGUUGGACAGCAAUUUAAUGGAUCUGGAUAGCCGCGGCUCCUUGGUCUUGGUCAUCAGCUUGGCUCAGUUGAUAUCCGGCGGCGGCGCAGUCAGCUCAGCGGGUCGCGCCGGCGUCUAUUUCUAUAUUGUGCCCGAUGUGGUGGACAGCCUGAGCCGUGAGCAGCAGCUGCAGAUGGAGCAGAGCUGCCGUCAGCUGUGGACACAGCAUCGCAUCUUCAAUAGGUAUAUAAUCACAGCUGGCGAGGUCUGGAUCUAUGAUCCCUUUGCACACAGCGAACAGGCUUUCGGCCUUCUGGUUCCCUAUGCCGGUGGCGAGCCACUGCACACUCUACUGUUUCAUGAUAUGCGCGGGUAUCCGCUGCGCAUUCAAAUCUUCAAGUCGGUCUACGCCCGGCCACAGCUGGACCCCAAGACGGGCUUGUUGCGGUCCAUCACAGGCGUCGACUGGGAGGUGGCUCUGCUGAUAGCCAAGCGGCUGAACUUCACGAUGCUGCUGCAGCAGCCCGACAAGAACUACUUUGGGGAACGCAGCGCCAAUGGCAGCUACAAUGGGGCCAUUGGCUCCAUACUGAACGACGGCCUGGACGUUUGCUUGACGGGCUUCUUUGUCAAGGACUAUUUGGUGCAGGAUUACAUGGACUUCACAGUGGCUGUCUACGAUGACCAGCUGUGCAUAUAUGCGCCGAAGGCUCGCCGCAUUCCGCAGUCCAUUCUGCCCAUCUUUGCGGUUGGCUACGACAUCUGGUUGGGCUUCAUACUGAUGGCGUUUGUAUGCGCCUUCAUCUGGCUGCUGUUGCGCAUGAUCAAUCUGCAGCUGCACAUUGUCAGCAUUCAGAAUCGUCGCCUGUGGCAGCAGGCGCUGGGCAUUGUGGUCGAUACGUGGGUGGUUUGGGUGCGAGUGAAUCUAAGCCAUUUGCCGGAGAGCUAUGCGGAGCGCAUGUUCAUUGGCUCGCUGUGCCUGGUGAGCGUCAUUUUUGGCGCCAUAUUUGAGUCCAGCCUGUCCACCGUCUAUAUCCAUCCGCUCUACUACAAGGACAUUAUAACUUUGCAGGAUCUGGACGACAGCGGACUGAAAGUCGUCUACAAAUACACGUCCAUGGCCGACGAUUUGUUCUUUAGCGAAACGUCACCGCUGUUCGCCAGUCUCAAUAAGAAGCUCUUGUGGAAUAGGGAUCUCAACGCAGAUGUCACAAAUGAGGUGGCCACCGUUGGCGGUAAGGCGGGCGUCUCACGGUACUCCUCGCUGAUGAUGGAGUCUGUCAAUUUCUUGCUCAUGCGCCGCAUUUGGAUUGUGCCCGAGUGUCCCAAGUACUAUACCAUCUCCUAUGUACUGCCCAGAGAUGCGCCCUGGGAGGAGGCAAUCAAUGCCCAGCUGCUGCGGCUGCUCAACGCUGGCCUCAUCCCGAAAUGGAUUCAAGAUCAAAAGUUCCGGGUGACCGUCAGGACACGCACAGCGCUCAAAGACGAGGCCGAGUCCAGCGAGGUGCGUGUCCUGACCAUCGGCGACCUGCAGCUGGCCUUCUAUGUGGUCAUCGUGGGCACACUGCUCGCCUCAUUUGCUUUUAUGGCCGAGCAUGCCUUUUACAGGCAUCGCCAGCAUCGCACCCAAGCCACAAAGAAACUGUAG